AAAACAGACAUAUACAUAAAUUGUCUCUCAUAGUUGAAUACUGAUAAAUAUAUUUCAAAAAUAAUAACUCCUCCCCCUUGAGAAGCACACACACAAUUUGUAAAUUUCUACAACACAAUUUACCCAACCCACUUAGCCUGACAUUGUUCUAGUAUAUGAAAACAUUAACAGGUAAAACCAACAACUAAAUUAAACUUCUAAGCCCUUUGUUAGCAAUCUAUUUAUUGUAUUUCACUAGCAGAAAGUCCACAAUGGCUUUUGGUGUACCACAAGUCACAACAAUCAUUGUAUCUACAGUAGUCUAUCCAGGUCAAAUAUCAAAUGUAGUAGUUUUCUGAAACUUUAAAGUAGCCAUGUAUUUUUACACAAUGAGAUGCAAGAUGGGAUGGUCACAAAGUUGGGUGAUUUUAAAAAAGAAGUAGAGAAAUUUGUUAUACCUAGGGCAAUCUCUGGUUAGUAGUCAUUAUGGUAAUGUUUUAAGAGCAAUAGAUUUCAUAGCUCCUGGAAAAAUUAUGGAGAGGUAACAGUUAUCCUAGGGCCUAGGCCAUGCUUGAUUAUUUUUGAUAUAUAGUCCAUCUGCAAGAACAAAAUGUUAGAGUAGCUUUUCAUGUGAAAUUGUUCUUAUUGUUUUUCAAUGCAUUAAAGUUGGGCACAGCAAAUAACUAGAUAUUUCAGUACAAAGACAAAAAUAUAAGUUUUCCUAAAUUGAAAAAGUAGAGGGGAGCUCUACUUUUUAUUUUUCUAAUUUUGUAGUGAUUGGUAUCACUGCAAUAAUACAUUUUUUUAAAGCUUGAGUUUUGUGAAACAACAAAUUACAUCUACAAACUAGGACAAACAUGCUUUUAAAUAUAUAUAAUAUACUUAAAGUUAGAUGAAACCAAAAUAAACACAAUGCAAAUCCACAUUCAAAAGGUUUGGUCUAUAUAUUUUUAGGUUUUAGAAAUUAAAAAGUAUUAUGCAAGGGCCAGGGAGAGAUGGUGUCACGAUUAAGUAGUAUUUGGCAACAUUGUCAUUUACAAUGUUCACACACCUAACAACAACAAAAUAAUAGCCCAUAAUCACCAGCGCCCUAGUAUCAGAUUACUUUGGAACAUUUUAUUUUAAUACAUAUCUCUUUUGAUAAAAGAUAUGUUUUAUUUUCCUAGUCAGAGAUAGAAAUAUUCUCCAAUUUGGAACUUUCCAGAGUGUCCAAAGUUUCAUAGAUAUGGAAUUUGAAUUUCCAUUUGAUUUUAUAACAAUCUUCAGUUGAUGGAAUAGGGUCUAAUAAUAGAUAUAAUAAUUAUAUAACAUAUAUAAUAUAAUUAGUAUGCUGUUCCUCUGAAUGGUGGCUAAAUUAUACUUCCACUGCCAUCCUUAUUUCUAUGUUAUUACUUAAACUUGGGAAGGUGUGACCAUGGCUUGGAUGUAUCCAAGAAGAUGUAACACUUCCACUUCCUCUGCCUCACUUCAGCUUGUGGAAUUUGUUAUGCCAGUGAUAUCCCACUCACUAUAUAAAGACAUCCUAUGAGUUCUCCUUCCCACUCAAACAGCCUGCAGCUUCACAGCACAAUCUCUUCUCUGCCAAGAAAAACUUGUGCUGAGAAAGGAGAGAUUUAGAGAGUCUUUUCCUAUUUGAUUGAUUAGCAAAGGAUGGCUGUGAGUCUUAGCUGGGCUUUAACCUCUGCCCUGUUCCUAGCUGCCACCACUACUGGAUUGAGUGAGAAAGGACUCAAGCAAAUAUUGCUGGAGAAACUGAAACUUCCAGAUGUCCCUGCUCUCCAGAUGACUGACCUGGAAAAUCUAGUGAUUCCAGAGAAUAUAAGGAAUAAAUAUAUGUCCAUGCUGGAGCGGCGCCGAGUGAAACGAAGAGCAUUGCCAAGUUUAGCUGGGAUCUUGAGAGGAGUUCCAGGCAACGCAGAUAUCUCAGGAGACAUUCUCUAUUCAGACACCACCCGUCAGAACCUGAUCUUCGACAUGGAGGGCAGGAUUCCAGAAAACAGUGAAGUUACCAUGGCCGAACUGAAGCUUUUCAAAAAGCCCCUGGACAAGAAACAUCUGCCCAAUAGGCAGUCACAAAGACCAGUCAUGAAUGCAAGGGUGACCGUGUACUGGGUGCAACUUCAAGAUAAUGGCACUAACCGGACCUCUUUAAUUGAUUCCAGAUUAGUUCCCAUUAUGGAGUCUGGCUGGAGGAAUUUUGAUGUUACUCAGGCUGUACAUUUCUGGCUAAAAACAAAAGCCUCUGGACCAAUGCUCCUGGAAAUUUGGAUUGAAGGAGAAAGAUUAGGCAGCUAUGCCUCUGAAAUAGCCAAAGGUGUGCGGUUUACAACACAGGACCCUUCAGAUAAGGCACUAGGCAAACCGGAGUUGGUCCUUUACACUCUUAAUUUGGAAGAAUAUGGAGGACCUGGGGACUGUGGAGAAGGAAGCAUGAUGGUGAGAUCUACCUGCUGCCGGCAAGAAUAUUAUAUCAAUUUCCGUGAGUUGACCUGGACACAGUACUGGAUUAUUGAGCCAGCUGGCUAUCAAGCUUACCAGUGUGUGGGCAGCUGCUGGCAGCCGAAGAAUUUGCUGCAUCAUUUUGGCUAUGGAGAGAGAUCCUGUGCUGUGGUGGAGAGUUCUCCUCUUCCCAUGAUGUAUCUUGUCAAAAAGGGAAACUACACAGAAAUUGAAGUGGCAGAGUUUCCUAAUAUGAUUGUAGAAAAAUGUGGCUGUAUAAUGGACAAUAUAGCUGUGAUCUAAUAAACGUUCACAACUGGUCAGUUACAAGGAAAUCUUUUUCUGCUUCAAGCACAGUAACUGCAACCGCAAUACUUAUUGCUCAGAAUCCAAACCACAUAUGGUAUAUUGAAUCUACCUGCUAAUCUUGUGGACACCUUCAUUGCACAAUUCCAAAAUAUCAUUUGGGGCAACACUUGGAUUAGGCAACUUCAAAGAUAUAAACCUUUUUAAAAUCAUCAAAUUUCUUCAUGAGGCAAGAUUCUAGAAAAAGUGAAUGGAACUGGGGAGAAGGAAAAUUAAACAAAAGCUUUGCCUGAUCAGAGUUUAAUGGAACGUAGAAGAAGGAAAUAUUCAAGCUAAACUCUUCCUGGCUCAUUGAUCUUUAGGUUUGAUCCUCAGAUGGCUGGUACAAAGAAGGAAACAAGUGAUUGUUCCCAGAUGUACAGUAAAUACUAUUUGUUCAACUUCAGAUUGGUUUAAAUCCACCAAAUAACAGCAU